UCGAUGGAUCUCUUUCAGCGGCUGCUGGGGACCCUUCAGCGGGCGGUGGAUUACAUUUCCAUCUUCACCACCUACCUCCUUGGAGAUGACGCUCAUCCGAGGGCAGAUGGGUCAGGAAGCCCAAAGGAGACAGAGCCUUGUAGAAGCCACCACGAUGAUGAACCGGAGACAGCACCCUAUGGGGAUAUUUCUCCAAGGGGAAAUCUGGAGGCCUUUGAAAAAUCACCCAUCGCCGAGAUAAUCCCACCCAGUAAGGAGAUUCAGGAAGCAUCAGGAAAAGUCUUCAGUUGUGUUCAGCCUACAGGGGCCAUUGUUGGAACUUCUGAAUUAUCGUGCAAAGAUGAGGAACAGGAAGAUGUUGGCUGGAAGUUCUCAGAACCUCCUAAAUUGCUGCCUGGUGCCCCAAAGCUAAGAUCCUCCACAACUGGAAGUGAACUGCUCAGAGACUUGGAAGGGCUCACUAUGACUGAAGAGAUCCAGCAGUGGGAAUUAGGGAGUCCCACCAGAAUGGGGGCAGGUCGGCUAGAAUUGGAAGAAGCAAUGUCAGACAAGAACGACUGGAAACCAGAGAAGCUAUUGGCUGGAGGGCAAGAACGUGAGGAAUUAGGAAGGGCAGGAGAGGCCGAAAGCACUCUGCAGAAAGAGGGAAAGGAGGAAGAUGACCAAGAGAAGCCAGGUGGGGUAGAAUCUGACGGGGAAGAGCAAAGGGGAUUGAAUGGAGUGUGGCCAGGAAGAUUUCAACAUGAGGUGGCCAAGAUGGCGGAGGACCUUCAAUCAGAGCCUGACAGGCAACUUACAGGAGGGGCAACCAUGGAAGGUGAUCAGCAGGAGGAGCCAGAUGUAGAGCCAGGAGAAGAAGGGGUUCAGCCAGCAGUGCCAGACAAUGCUGAGUGUAGAGGAGAUCAGCAGGAAGGGCCAGAAGGAGAAGCAGAGGUUGGACGCAGCCCUCAGUGGGAGCCAGAAGAAAUGGUGACCUUGGAAGUACAGAAGGAAGAUCCAAAGGAGGUCGCAAAGGAAGGAGAUGACCAGCAGAGAGGGCUGGAAGAGGCUGAGAUGGAGGAGCCCCAGCCAAGGGAGCUAGAGAUAUUUGAGAGGAAUGAGGAGACUCAGCAGGAGGAGGAGGAGGGAGAUGAGCAAGAGGAACCAGGUAGGGCAGAAUCUGACAUGGAAGAGCAAAGGGGAUUGAACGGAGCAGCAUGGCCAGGGAGAUUUCAACAUGAGAUGGCCAAGAUGGCAGAGGACCUGCGAUCAGAGCCUGGUGGUCAACUUGUUGGAGGGGCAACCAUGGAAGGCAAUCAGCAGGAGGAGCCAGAUAUAGAGCCAGGAGAAGAAGGGGUUCAGCCAGUAGUGCCAGACAGUGCUGAGUGUAGAGGAGAUCAGCAGGAAGGGCCAGAAGGUGAAGCAGAGGUUGGACGCAGCCCUCGGUGGGAGCCAGAAGAAAUGGUGAAAGUGCAGGAGGAAGAUCCAAAGGAGGUCACAAAGACAGGAGAUGGCCAACCGAGAGGGCAAGAAGAGGCUGAGAUGGAGGAGCCCCAGCCAAGGGAGCCAGAGAUAUUUGAGAGAAAUGAGGAGACUCAGCAGCAGGAGGAGGAGGGAGAUGAGCAAGAGGAACCAAGUAGGGCAGAAUCUGACAAGGAAGAGCAAAGGGGAUUGAAUGGAGCAACAUGGCCAGGGAGAUUUCAACACGAGGUGGCCAAGAUGGCAGAGGACCUUCGAUCAGAGCCUGGUGGUCAACUUGUCAGAGGGGCAAACAUGGAAGGCGAUCAGCAGGAGGAGCCAGAUAUUGAGGCAGGAGAUGAAAGGGUUCAGCCAGAAAGUGCUGAGAGUGGAGGAGAGGAGCAGGGAGGGCCAGAAGGAGAAGCAGAGACCGGAAGCAACUCUCAGUGGGAGCCAGAGCAAGAAGCAGCAGGUGGGGAAGAGCAGAGGGGAGAUGGAACAGCAUGGGCUGGGAGAUCUGAACAGGAGGUGGCCAUGAUGGUGGAGGACCAGUCAUUGGAGGCUGAGGGGCCACUUGAAGGAGGGUCAGAGGCAGAACAUUUUCGGCAAAGGGAGCCAGAUGUCAAAACUGGAGAUGAAAGGGCUCAUCAAACCAUGCUGGGUGGUGUAGAGAUUAGAGGAGACCAGCAGGGAGGACAAGAAGUGAAAGCAGAGAAAGGGAGGAAUCUUCAGUGGGAGCCAGAGGAGACUGUGACUUUAGAAGAGCAUCUAGAGAGUCAGCAGCAAGGGCUGGAGGGGGCUGAAAAGGGAGAGGGACACCAGUGUAGGAAGCCAGAGGGGCUUGUGAGAAAUGAAGCGAAGACUGAAGAAGAAGAAGAGCAGGAGGUGCAAAUGGGAGAGGCAGAGCUGGAGAAGGACCAGAAGACAGAUCCUGAGGCUUUGGUAGGAAUCGUGGUUCUUGAAGAGGUGGUAGGAGCAGAAGCGGUGGAAGAGCCGGAGGUCCAGGGGCAGGAGCCAAAGGAGACAGGCCAAAUUGAGAGGAACCUGCCGCACGAACCCUUGGGCUACAAAGCUGCUGCCGAUACAUGCUGCUUUGCUGGGGCUGGACUCUCACCAGAUAAGGUCUCCCUGGACAUGACUGCCCAGAAGGAACGGGUCUUGCUCAACCGUAAGAGCUCUGUCCGGCGGGCACCCAGCUUGAAGAGACCGAGGCCACCCAUGGAGACAUCUCCACAGCAGGAGACCAGCACAGAGGCGAACUCUCCGCCUCCGCCACCAACACAUCCUAGGCCAAACCUGAGACAUGCUGGGUUUGGACCUAUGCACCCCAACAUGAUGGCUGAACUGCAGACGCGCCUGCGCAGGCCCCAGUAAACCCAUCAAUCAGAUGAAUAUGUAGCAUAAAGAAUCUGUAAUCGCUCUGCUUCAUCCCAGAUCCAUCUACCAUGCUGAAGAAUUGAAGGAGCCAAACAGGGAGCCAAGGGUUAGAGCAGGGGUCUGCAACCUGCAGCCCUCCAGAUGUUCAUGGACUACAAUUCCCAUCAGCCCCUGGCAGCAUGGCCAAUAGGCAUGGGAUGAUGGGUUUUGUAGUCCAUGAACAUCUGGAGAGCCACAGGUUGCAGACCCCUGGGUUAGAGAAAUAAACAUUAUUUUAGCCUUUCCAGAGCAAAAGGGAUAAGAAUUGUGUGAAAAUAGAAAAGGGAAAACUAUGUGCGUUCAAGCUGCUGCCUCUCGGAUAAGAUAUAUUGAAUUGUGCAGAUGUGACGCUUGUAUUCACUGUCCCUUCCUCCAAGAGCAGCUUGUAGUCCACAGAUGUCAAACUCGCAGCCCUCCAGAUGUUAUGGACUACAGUUCCCAUCAUCCCCUGCCAGCAUCAUGCUGGCAGUGAUGAUGGGAACUGUAGUCCAUAACAUCUGGAGGGGCGCGAGUUUGACACCUGUGUGUAGUCACUUGCCUGGCUCUUUGCACACUGUAAUUUUUCAUUUUAUUAUAUUUUUCCAUCCUCUUCUGUGGGAGAAUUUGAGGGAAGGAAUCCCUUAACCUUUACGCCACUCAUGUAUGCCUUUCCAGUUUUGGUUUCUUACAAUGCUUAGCAUAUACAGGGAAGUUGCCGUCAGCCAUCUUGGCCUGAUUCUGUUCUUCCAGUACUCUGAAAAUCCUGAAACAGCAAAGAACUGAGAAUAGAAUGGCUGAGACAGGGGCUAGAAGACUGCAAAAGUCAGAACUAGUAACACAAGGACAGAGGCAUAUCUAGGGAAAAUGUAGCCCGGUGCAAAAUCUGAGUCCCCCCCACCCCAUGACCAAACAACUUUUUAAAGUCAGUGUUCCUCCGCCCCCGGGGGAAGGAGGAGGGGCAUGGGGGUGAUUUUCUGCCCUCCACGUGACUAAAUUCCCACAGCCUGGGGAUAUUUGACCUCAUAUGUCCCCCUGGAUUGUAUACCCCUGCACAAGGAAGAGAGAGGCAGUUGGGAAAAGGAUUUUGUGGUCCCCAGGUGGAAUGGGGGAGAGGAGGAAAUGGAACUAGACCCUUGAACCCUUGUAUAUAUGUGUGUUCAUAAUAAGCCCAUAUAAAGUGCAGAGGUUUUGUCCUCUUCCCACCCCAUGGGAAGCUGGUUUACCAAAAGGCCCUUUCAUCAGAGAGAUUUGUCAGCUUCUGUUAACUGAGCUCCCUGUAGAUCCACUCUCAGCCACACUUUAUUUAGGUUGCAAACUCUGGCUUGGAAAAUUCGUGGAGAGUUUGCAGGGGGUGCUUUGAGGAGGACAGAAUUUGGGGAGGAAGGGAGCUUAAAAGGGACCUGAUGCCGUUGAAUUUGCUAUCUGAAGCUGAACUGUAGUCUGGGGAUCAAUCAUAAUUCUGGGAGAAUACCAGUCCCCACUUGGAAGUUGGCAACCCUAUGGCCUUUGUACA